AUGUCUUCAAUGAGUAUAAAAAGUGAUGAAGUAAAUUUCUUAAUAUACAAAUAUCUACAAGAAUCUGGAUUUCAUCAUUCUGCUUUUACUUUCUUUAAUGAAAGCUGUGUAGCGAAAUCAGAGAUUGUCAAUGUAUCCGAUGAUAUACCACAUGGUUCACUGAUAUCGGUGCUACAAAAAGGUAUUCAAUAUAUAGAGGUUGAAACACAUCUUCAAGAGGAUGGCACCGAACUGAAUUGCAAUGAACCAUUCUCAUUGGUGUCACAACACGUCUGUCAAAUCAUAAAGAAAGAAGGAAAGAACAAGAAACAACAACAACAAUCUGAUAAAUCUGCUGCCGCUGCUGCUGCUGACAAAGAUGUCGUAAUGACACCGGUCUCAUCAUCGCAAAUCAAGAAGGAAUCAUCAAAAACAUCGAACGACUCUACUCCCUCCAAUAACAACAACAACAGCAACAACACCAAAGAGAAAUCUAAAGAUAAAAAAGAUAAAGAUAAAGAUAAAGACAAAGAUAUAAAGAUGAAAGAUACACCAAAUAGUAAAAAAGAUAAAGAAAAGAAAGAUAAAGAUUCAUCUAGUACAACUUUGUCAUCGAGUGCAUCGACAACGGCUACUGCUACACCGGCACCACCUGUAACAGCAGAGAUACCCGAGUCAGAUGUAACCAUUCUAAGAGGACAUAAGAAUGAAGUGUUUAUUUGUUCGUGGAACCCAACAAGUUCAUUAUUGGCAUCGGGUAGUGGUGACAGUACUGCUCGUAUCUGGGCAUUACCCACUGACGUACCAGUCUCUUCGAAACAACCGAUAAACUCUAUUGUCUUGAAUCACUUUAACGUACAAUCACCAAAAACAAUUGAUGUUACAACUUUAGAUUGGAAUUUGGAUGGAUCAUUGUUGGCAACGGGUUCAUAUGAUGGUGUUGCAAGAGUAUGGACUGCCAAAGGUGACUUGAUGCAUGUACUAUCACAACAUCAAGCACCGAUCUUCUCGCUAAAGUGGAAUAAGAAGGGUGACUACUUGCUGAGUGGCUCGGUCGACAAGACUUCCAUCGUUUGGGACAUCAAGAGCGGUUCUGUCUUGCAGCAGUUUGAAUUCCACUCUGCACCGACACUCGACAUCGACUGGCGAAACAACACGCAGUUUGCAUCGUGUAGUACCGAUCGACUCAUUCAUCUCUGUGAGAUCGGAAAGAACCGUCCAAUCAAGACGUUCCAGGGUCACGACGAUGAAAUCAACGCAAUCAAAUGGGAUCCAUCCGGUACACUCCUAGCAAGUUGCUCCGAUGAUACCACCGCGAAAAUCUGGAACCUGAAGAACGACGAUUGCGUACACAAUCUAAAGCAACACACCAAAGAGAUUUACACAAUUAAAUGGAGUCCCACCGGUCCUGGCUCUGCAAAUCCCAACAAAGAUCUUGUAUUGGCAAGUGCAUCGUUCGACAGUACAGUCAAACUUUGGGAUGUAGAAGUUGGUGCUUGUAUACAUAAUUUUACAAAACAUACUGAUCCUGUAUAUACAGUAUCAUUCAGUCCAAAUGGAGAAUACUUGGCAAGUGGAUCGUUCGAUAAGUGUUUGUACAUAUGGUCUGUCAAAGAUGGUUCUUUGGUGAGAACGCACAGAGGUAGUGGAGGUAUUUUCGAUGUCUGCUGGAAUAGUACAGGUGAUAAGUUAUCAACAUCAAUGUGGACUUUGGGUAUGGUGGUACAUGAAGUAACUUCUGAUUUAGAGAUGUCAGAGGACGCUACGCAGGCAUGUACAUUGGCUGUUGAGCUCGAUGAUGACCUUGGUGCAGGAAAAAAGACUGGAUGGGCUGUUUUGAAAUCAUUGAAUCCUGCAUAUCCCGAUUUUGCACUGUGCGACAAUGAAAUCGUCAUUGGUAGACAACCAAGUAGUACAAUACAUUUCAAUGAUAUGAAUAUAUCUGGAACACAUUGCUCAAUAAAGAAAGAAGGUGACGAUGGUGAUGAUCAGCAUGGACCAAUCAUUGCAUUCCUCUAUGACAAGAGUACAAACGGUACUUAUGUCGAUGGUAUGAAGGUUGGUAAGGGUAACCGUUUCUUAUUAUCAAGUGGACAAGAAAUCGGUUUGGUUUUAAGUAAAAAACAAGGUCAAGAGAAAAUAGCAUUCAUCUAUCAAACAUGUGAAAAGGAAGAUGAUGAAGAAGGUGGUCCACAAAAGAAAUAUCAUAUCGGUGAGACAUUGGGUGCAGGUAACUUUGCAACCGUAAAGUUGGCAGUCGACAAAAAGACAGGUGCGAAAUUCGCAAUAAAGAUAGUCGAUAAGAAGAAAUACUUUAUGAACUCAUCAUCCAGAAAAGAUGCUCUCAUGGAUGAAGUCAACAUCCUCACCCAACUCAACCAUCAGAAUAUCAUUCACAUUCAAGAGGUAUUCAACACAGAGAAGACUUUAUAUCUUGUUUUAGAAUUAGUCGAAUGUGGAGAAUUAUUAAAUGAUAUAUUGACAUGUUCAUGUUAUAAAGAGGACAAAGCAAAGAAGUUUUUCAAACAGAUUGUCAAUGCAGUUAAAUAUCUACAUGAUCAGGGUAUUGCACAUCGUGAUCUCAAACCAGAGAACAUUCUGUUGAAGUAUAGAAAGGAGGAUAUGCCCGACGCAAUAAAACUGAGUGAUUUCGGUCUAUCGCGCUCCAUCAGCGAAGGUAGUUUCAUGAAGACAAUGUGUGGUACUCCACAAUACCUUGCUCCUGAGAUCCUGACGAAUUCAAGUGUCGGUGGUUAUGGUAAAGAGGUUGAUUGUUGGAGUAUGGGUGCAAUUCUAUAUGUAAUGUUAUGUGGAUAUCCACCAUUUGAUGACAGUCAAGAUGUAUCGAUUUUCGAACAGAUACGAAAUGCAGUCUUUGAAUUCCCUGACGAAGAUUGGUCUCAGAUUUCUCCAGAAGCUAAAGAUCUCAUAAAGAGAUUGCUAUGUGUAAAUCCAAUGAAACGUUAUUCAUGCGAUCAAAUUUUGGAUCACCCGUGGUAUAAUCUUAGCAAAUCACUGGAAUCAUUACUUGAAAAAGAGAAUGAAAAUGACAGAUAUUUAGGAAAGAGAAAAUCAGAGGAUGGAUUGAUGAAUGGAGUCAGUAAAUCAGCAUCUACCGACGAUGUUGUUGGUAGUACUUCAACAGACAGUCCAACCAACACUUUGAAGAAAUCAAAGAGUUCGAGCAAUGUACAAUCUACAACAACAUCAUCAUCAUCAUCAUCAACUUCAUCACCACCAACAACAACAAUUCCUCCACAAUCAAAUUCUUUUAAUAAUAGUAAUAAUAAUAGUAAUAAUAAAAAUAGUAGUAGUAGUAGUAGUAGUUUUAAUAAUAAAAGUAUAACGGUAACAAAUAACAACAAAGAUAAUAAUAUUAUUAAUAUUGAUACCACUGCCAAAGAUGAUUCCGAUACAGACGAAGAAAUGGAUAACUCGAGGAUGGAUCAAGAUUUGAAACCUAUUUCACCGAUCAAACAAAGGACAUCGUCCAAUCUCUCAGCAAUGAGCACUUCCUCUGGUGACAUCAGCAGCAAUGGUAAUUUAAGUGAUGGAGGUUCACCGAUUUCUGCAAGUCCCAAAGGAUCACCAAAAUUUGCAGUCCCAGCACCAAAACCAGCAACUCCACAAAAAGAAUUACCAAUGUGCAUGUAUGGUGAUAGAUGUUAUAGAAAGAACCCCGCUCAUUUCAAGGAAUAUCGACAUCCAAAUAAACAAUAA